AUAUCCCUAAGAGCUUGCUCUUUUCUGAAGGGAAAUGAAGACAGGGAAAGGGGAGGCAGGCAGAGACUGAGAAGAGAGGACGAAGAAAAGACUUCAUUCAGGAUCUAUUGUAUGAGAGAAGAAUAAAGAAAAAUUUAAAAAGACAAUAAUGUGUAAGCUGUGUGGGCAGGACAGACACAUCAAAACUAUGGAGAAACCCUCAGAGGCAGGUGUGAGUGGGUGUGGACACACACAUCAGAGCAUUCACGAGGCACGUCCCUUUGAUCAUUUCACUUACGGAAGUAGGAGUUUAUUGCUGUUCACCAGUUCACUGUCACAUCUCCCAUUCGCAAUGGGCACACCAAGGGUCUACUUCAGUUUAAAGACACCCACCACUCCAGGGCCUCUGUGUGCAUCGCCUCCAUCUCGUCCCUCAGACGCCUGCCGGUGCCCACGUUCCCACAGGUUGGCUCUGAAACUCAGUUGUGCUGGGCUCGUCCUUCUUCUCCUGACCGUGGUUGGACUGAGUGUUUUAGUGCGAGUCUUAAUACAAAAGCCAUCAAUAGAAAAAUGCAGAGUGGAUAUUCCAAGGAUCGUGGCUAGCUCAACAGAGAGUCCAAUUCAGCUAACGUGCUCCAACGACUGGCGGCCACACCGAGAGAAAUGCAUACAGUUUUCCCAGGAGAACGGUGUUUGGAAGGAAGGUCUAUCUAACUGCACUAGAAAAGGAGCCACUUUGCUGCUCAUUCAAGACCAAGAAGAACUGAGAUUCGUAAAGGACUCGAUAAAGGAAAGAGGCAAUUCAUUUUGGAUUGGACUAAAUUACUCAUUGCCAGACAAGAACUGGAGAUGGAUAAACGGCUCCACUUUAAGUUCUGAUGUAUUCAACAUCAUCGGUGAUGCUGAAAGAAACAGCUGUGUCAUUGUCUCAAAGGGCAACCUGGUUUCUGAGAACUGUAAUUCAGACAACAAGUGGAUCUGCCAGAAGGAUCCAAAAUGUCUCUGAAACCAGGUGUAAUGACUCCUGAUACUGAAUUUUACCUCAUUUCCUUUAUCAUACAGAUCUUUGCACUCCCUCUGUCUAGGCUGUUGGCCCAAACAGUGCACAGUUGGUGACACAAAGCAUGGACUCUAAAACCACUGUGACUCCUACAGAUGCCCGUGUUCUGUUUCUUUGUUCUGAAGAGAGGAUAGAGACACUGAUGUGUCAUUUCAGAGAAGUGCUCUGUGGACAGAAGCCCAGACAGCUGAGGAGCACUGGGUUCUAAUCCUGAAGUCUGUGACCCUCACUCUCUGUGUCUGAGGUCAUCCUCAAACAGCAUAGAUGACCAUUUGCAAAAACAUUAUUAAAAUGCUCUUAAUAUGGGGACUGAUGGCACAUGCCCCGCAGUGCGCAUGAAUGGCACUGCGAAGGCUGAGCCAGGAGGAUCCCGAGUUGAAGGCCAGCCUGGGUGUGGUGGAUUAAAUGAGGAAUGUCCUCCUAGCCUUUGGCAUUUUAUCACUUGGUCCCCCAGUAGGAUGCACUGUUGGGGGGGAGGUUUAGGAGUGCAGCCUUGCUUGAGAAAGUGUGUCCCUGGAGGUGGCCUUUGAGACUAGAAACCUCAAUUGUAGUUUCCUCUGUUUCAUGCUUUCAGUUCCUGAUGUGAGCUCUCAGCUUUCUGCUCCAGCCACCCUGCUUCCUGCCUUCUUCCUGCCAUUAUGGA